GACCGGAAUGUCUCGUCCGCAGGCCGAGGCGGCGGAUCCCGCUGGUGCCGGAGAACUUGCUCAAGAAGAGGAAGGCGUAUCUGGCCAUCAAGGCCACCCAGGCCAAGGCGGCGCUGCUCAACAAGCGCAAGCAGCAGAAGGGGAAACAGAUCCAGUUCCGACGCCUGGAGACCUUUGUUCGGGAUUCGUGGCGCAAACGCCGGGAUGACACCAGGCUGAGGCGCAUGGAGCAGAGGCCUGGGCAGGCAGCAGCACCUCAGGAGAGCAAACUGGCCUUUGUUGUGAGGAUUGUGGAUAUUAAGGGAGUGACUAAGAGGGUGAARAAAGUGAUGGAGUUGCUGCGGCUGAAGAAGAAUUUCACAGGGAUGUUUGUUAAGCUGACCCCGCUGUCGCUGAAGAUGCUGCGGAUCGUGGAGCCUUACGUGGCGUGGGGACAGCCUAACCUGAAAUCUGUACGUGAACUCAUCCUGAAACGAGGCCAAGCCAAGAUCAAGAAGAAGAGGGUGCCACUGACAGACAACAUGCUGAUAGAGCARCAUUUAGGGGGCUGUGGUAUUAUUUGCCUGGAAGACCUUAUUCAUGAAAUCUACUCAACUGGGAAGUAUUUCAAAAAAGUCACCAGCUUUCUGUGGCCAUUCCAUCUGUCGGUGGCUCGCCACGCGUCACGGAACAGAGUGGGUUUCCUCAAGGAGAUGGGCAAACCUGGCUACAGAGGUGAUACCAUCAACCAGCUCAUCCGACAGCUCAACUAGUCAGGGUCUUUGUAAGAACUUCAGGAUCUAUGACCCGUUCCUUUUCACAUGUACUUUUCAUGGACAUUAUCUACCUGCCAUGAUCUACUUCUCUUGACUGCUGGUGCCUCUAAAAAAGAAAUACAGAGAUGUCGAUGGAGAUGGACUUCAGCCUGGUCCUUCUUAAAGGAGAUAAAUCCUGUGUGGUACAAGAAUUAACUUSCUGGAGCAAUUUGACUUUUGAAUCUCUGUAAAAUAAGUUUUUWUAUGCUCAUUACUGCAGACUUCACUCUUUGAAGUGCACCUGCUUCCUGGGCGUGAAGGGAUAGUGCAGUCACCACAAUAGUGCUGAGAGGCAAAUGAAAAUACCAGGUGUUCUAUUACUGGAGCACAUGUCCUAACAGUGAAUAAUGCMACUUUUUAAGUACCUAGAUGGUAUUUAUUUAAAAAAAAAAAAAAAAUUAUUGUUGUCCUCCUGAUUUACAGAGGACUGCCUUUUUUUUUCUUGCCUGUAUUGGGACAGCUGGAGAGAAUUAUUUCCUGAAAAUAGGAAAGCCCAAAAAGGUUGUAAUAGUUGUGGGGUGGGAUACCUGUAAUUGAUGUUUUUAAAAUAAACUGCUCAAAUUAAAUUAUUGCAACAGAAAGUCCUGUAUCACUGUAAAGGUGGAAAAACAGAGUUAAACACUCUGGCUGAAACGAAUUCAGUGAAGGAAGUGAGCAAGACCAUGGAAGAGUCUGAAUGUUCCAGAGUGCCAAAUCCCAGAUUACUUCCACUACACAAAUGGAUAAGAACACAUGAAGAGUCCUGUGCUGUGUAAUAAAUAUGGACGGCACUGCACUUAAUGAUUGGGUCACUGUGACUGUAUUGUUACUUGAAGACCUAAGUGGAGGCAACCUCUUAAUCCAUAAAUGGAUUUCAUAUGGACUUGAUGCCUUGUCUGGCUUACCUAAAACAGAAYGCAGACAAAAUUCAGAGAAUAAAAAUAAAAGUUCUGUGUAUUGGAGGGCCUUCAGGUAAAUUUAGGGCAGUYCCAGCCCACCCAGGCCUACACCCAAAAUGGACAACAGGUCACAGGUUUUUCAUACUUUGUAAGUUUUGUGUGCACACAGGGUUAAUCCUCAAAUUUCAGCUCCAGAUAAUGARCUCCUUUACUCCCAAGUUUGCUCCCCACAGUUCACUGUUGUUUCCUUAUCUGCUGGUGGCAGUGAGGUGUCCUUGAGUUUUGGGCCUGCAGA